AAACAUGUCUGAAAAAAAACCCAAAGAUCAGAGCCAUGAAAAAAAAAUAAAAAAUUUACAGCAUCAAAUCAAAAUUAUAUAGCUUCUUUAACCCAUACUAUAGUAGUAUUACUAAAAACAUCACUUAAUUCAUUUUCUUUUAUGUCAGGAACAUAAAACGAAGACCAAAACUAUAGCCCCUGAAAGACCAAGCAAAACCUGAAAAAAGAAAACCAAACACCCAGAGCUUUCAAAACAGUACCAGGUUCGUAAAUUUCCCCAGUUUCAAGCCUUUUCCUUUUGUUUCUUCCCGUGUAUUAGUGAUCCAAGUUUCUGAUUACACUGUGAAUCUGUUUGUUCUAACCAAAAAGAUUCCCAUCAUCACAGUGAAGAAGCUAAUGGGAACCAAAAUAGAUGAACCUCAGAUUCCUGAAAUGUCGUUGGAUCCUCCUGAAAUUACUAACCCACAACCUAAUGUUAUGGAGCGAGUGGAGGAGAUUCAAGCGAAUCUAGCUGGUAGAUUCCCGAGCUGUAUGAAGACCAUGGUUCGCUCGAAUGUUACACAUGGAUUUUGGCUGCAUCUUCCUAUGCCUUUCUGCAAAUUGCAUAUGCCAAAACAAGAUACGACCAUAAUUUUGGAAGAUGAAAGUGGGGAAGAAUAUAAAGCAUCUUACAUUGCACAAAGGACGGCAUUGAGUGCCGGCUGGAAAGCAUUCUCGGCUGAUCAUAAAUUAGUCGAGGGAGACGUUCUAGUUUUCCAUCUGGUUGGUUCUUCGAAAUUUAAGGUUUACAUAGUCCGAGCAUUCAAAUCUAGUGAAGUAGAUCGAUGUUUUAGGUCUCUAGAAGUGGAUAUCCAAGCGAAGCCAAUUCGUUCAAUUCGUAUGAAGAGGACAAAGAGACCCUCUAAGAAGGCCAAGUGUUUGGAGCUUCUCCCACUCGACCCACCAGAUGACAAUGUCGAAAAUAAGAGUCUAAUGGUAUUAGACACCGAUAGUGAGCAUUUAACCGAUCGAUAUGAUAAUGACAACAAGGAUCCUAGCUCGGGUCUCGACGAUGGUAUCAAAUCUUUGGCGUCCGUUAUUGAUUUUAAAGAGAUCAAAAGCAUUGACAACUUCAUCAUUAUAGUGAACGGUUCGAGAAUAGACUCUGAGCUUUCAGAGUACCAUAGAACUAAGUACUAUGAGCUUUGUUGUAGUCAGAACUCGUUCCUCCACGAUAAUCUUCUCGAGAGUAUUAGUAGUAAAUUGGCACUUGAAAUAAUCACACAGAUUAUCAACAUUGCAGAAGCUAUUAGAGCCUGUAAAAUUUCUACCUCUCAAGCAGAUUAUACUCUUUGGGACAAGACUCUAAAAGGCUUUGAGUUAUUAGGCAUGAAUGUCGGGUUUCUUCGAGCUAAAUUGAACCGGUUGAAUACCCUUUCCUUAGAAUUACAGCAGGGUGUGAAUAUGGAGAGGUGUAAAGAGCAAGAUCACAUGAAAGAAGAGAAAAAAUCACUUGAACAGAAGCUUGUGAAACUCAAAGAUGCUAUGCAUAAGCUCGAUACCGAGAUAGAAACCUUGAAAGAAAACGCCGAGAAAUAUGAGCUUAUAUUUCGGGAAGAGGUUACAGCCGCAUGGUGAUAGUUCAUGUAAGUGUCACGGGCCGAAACUUUAGUCAAGCAACCGGAUGGACCGUGACAUAUAUAGGGAAGUUGUUGUAGAAAUAUUUUUAAGUCUUCUAUUUGCCUAUUGAAAGGGACUUCAAUGGUGUUGAAAAAUGAAGAAGCUUUCAUCAAUAUAUAUUCCAUUUGGUUGUAUCCUACUGUGUACGUAUAUUUUCACGUAUUAUAUCGUAUUUAAGAUAUUAUA